AAACAUUAGACAAUCUUUUGUGCUGACGCUUUUAUAAACAAUUGAAGGAAAGAUCAUAGAAAUUCAACAACAUUAAGAAAAAAGAAUAAAAUUGGAAGAAACCUCUUCUUAGUCUUUGAUCCGUUUUUCCUUAAACUCCGAUUAAGCUUUAACCCAAACCCUCUCUCCGGUGACCAAAAUCGUAAUUGUCUCCCAACACCUCAACAUGAACCCGCAAUCACCGGUUCGCCCCGAACCGGAUCAUCCGGCUCGUUUCGCCCUACCACCCGGUUCUCAUCGUAAAGUCGCGAUCGCCGUCGAUCUCAGCGACGAAAGUGCCUACGCCGUCCGAUGGGCCGUUCAAAACUACCUCCGACCAGGCGACACCGUGAUCCUCCUCCACGUCCGUCCAACCAGCGUCCUCUACGGCGCCGACUGGGGUCCCGUUGAAAAAACCCUAGACAUCAACGAAGGUGAUUCCUCAGAGGAAUCACAGCAGAAAAUCGAAGAUGAUUUCGCCAAUUUCACGGCGACGAAAGCGAGCGAUCUCGCGCAACCGUUGGUUGAGUCGCAAACUCCGUUCAAGAUCCACAUUGUGAAGGAUCAUGACAUGAAGGAGAGGUUGUGUUUGGAAGUUGAGAGGCUUGGAUUGAGUGCUGUGAUUAUGGGGAGCCGUGGAUUCGGUGCGGCGAAGAUAUCGUCUACGGGUAGACUGGGAAGUGUGAGUGAUUAUUGUGUUCGGCACUGUGUUUGUCCGGUUGUUGUUGUGCGUUAUCCGGAGGAGGAGAGUAAUGGCGGUGGAGUUCAGGGGAAAGAUAGUGUCGGUGGUUGUGAAAAAGUGGAGCUUCAUCCUGUGCCUGAGGAAGAACAGGAGGAGUAUCAUGAUGCUAAUGAUGAACAGAAAGGUGCUUAAAGAGGGUACAGAGCAAUAUCAAUACCCUAAUAACUUCAGAAAACGGUCGUAGCAUCAAGACACAAUUCAAAUGGAGAAGAAUAUGUUAAACUUAUUUGAAAAGAUUAUACACUGUAUAUCAAUUGUUUGGUUGGUUGGAAUUUGUAUGCGUUUGAACAGUUUGUUUUUAUACUGCUUCAAUAGUUUGAAUACGCUGUCUUUCAAUUUCGAUGAUUGAAAGCUGGAUUUGAAGGCUCUUGAUCCACCUCAUGUUAGGAAACCAAGUGUAGAUUUUAGAGACAAAGAAAACUUUGUUUUGUUGUCUUGUGUUUUAUGUGUGUCAUGUAAAUAUCCUCUUACUCUAUAGUAGUAGUAGUAGUAGAGUUUAUGAAUUCCCAUUUGUCUCUGAACAAAACACAUUUUGGGUUUGUUGUGUUGGAUUAUAAUACAAGUUUCAGGUUGUACUA